UGAGCGUAGAUAUUAUUCAAUUCGAUGAUAUCUACAGAGAGCGCAUCUCGUCCUUUUGGACUUUAAUGAAUCACUGGAUUUAUUACGUGGUCAAUGAAAUUCGUCCCAAACAUCUGGGCUCUUCAUCUAAGCCACUAUCGUGAUCGAAGACAAGUGCUUAAUUCCACAGAACCCGCAUCACUCGGCCAUUACUUGAAGUGAAGGAAAUUUACGAAUUUUCAUUUACUAUAUUUGUUCUUCUCUCUUCCAGACUGUGAGUGAAAUUGUCCCCCGUAAAUUUUGUUAGAUUUCUAGAAUUUCCUUUUUUUAACCAUGAGAGCUUUUGAGGUAUUCUUCUGCUUCUGUGUGGCUUAUCUACUCGUAAUCACGAAAGAAACAGAUGCGCAAUUCUUUACAAAAACAACUAAUUCUAUCCCAAGACUCGGGCGAUCAGAUCAGAUGCCAUCCCUCCUGCCAAAUCUAGUCCGCCGUGUUGCAAAGCAGUUGCAUUUUGUCAUUAAAAUGGUAAAUGAUAAUGAUAAGGACGGCAACGGAGAGUUGAACGCUGAAGAACUUAUGGACUCGCCUUUCAUACAAAACGCUGUAAAAAAUGAACUAGAAGCUAGAGAGCUUCGAGGUCAGUACCUAGCUCCCACUGGAGAAGCAACGAGAGAAGAGGAAUCAGAUGGAAACCAAAGGUUGAAUUUGGAAGAAAAUUUUAUCAUGUGAGAAAGUGAAUGAUCAAAUUAGGUGAAUAACUCGUGAAAAAAAGAUAUUAAGAUGAACUGAUAUCAAAACCUCCGAAGAUGCAUUACCCACAUUUGAUUCUCCAUUAUAUAUCUAUGUCUUAUUCAUUAUUGAUGUCUUGUACGGUGUUUAAUUCAUAAAAUUAUAUUCUUCUACAUAAAA